AUGAAGGUGAAAGAGCUCGACGAAGUCUUACGGUAUGAAACAUCCAGCUUCACCGAAUGCAACAGGUUAUGGAAAAUUAUAGAACACACCUACGACGAAAUGAAACGAAUGAAUCUUUCGCUGACCCCCCUGAUUUUGAGGCUGUCUCCCGAUAUAUACGAGAAGACAAUGGAGAGAGUAUUCGCCUACGAGGAGGAAUUCUUCAGGAUCAGGGAGUCCUUCGAUGCAAUAUUUCGUCCAGCGGAUACGCCACUAAGGGGUCAAGGUCUCGCCCUGAAUAAAAAAUUUCGUUUACCUAAAUUCAGCGGCGACUUCAAGAAAUUCAGAGGGUGGUGGCAACUCUUCGACGCUCACGUUCAUCAGAAGUCGUACAGCCCGAUCGAGAAAUUCACCCUGUUGAAGGAAGCGCUAGUGGGUCUCCCGGCGUCGGAGAUAGCUCAUCUAGAAUUUACGGCGGAACAAUACCCGGUAGCGGUCCAGAUAAUCGAACGGAGAUUCGGGAGCCCACGAGAGGCCGAAAGAGAACACGUACAGGAGAUUCAGAAGCUCUACAGAUGGAGGGACCUUCACCGGGACGAUAAGUUGGCCCGAUUUGUCUCAUGGCUGUCUCAAAACGUGAAGGCUCUGAUUUCUUUAGAAAGAAACUUCGAGUCACUUUCGGUGACAGUCACCCCAGGGGUGCUAGCGUGCCUUCCGAGCACGAUGAGAGGAGACUUUACGAGAACGAAUUUCGAGAGCUUACAGAGCACUAGCGGUUCGAGCAGCGAAUUAGAGACCCUGCUAGAAUAUCUAGAAAAACAGGUAGCAAUCAAGAGGGCAUGCAGGUCAACGGGCAGCGGCAUGAACCCAGGACCGUCCCCGUUUCGUAGAGAUUUCAGCUAUACGAACCAAGCUAGAUUAGGUUCACCUAGGCACGCUAGUAGCGGAGCGCCUGGAGGGAGCAGUGCUUUCUUCGCAGGCAAUGCUCAUAAAGAAGUAGAUCACAGUUGCGUAUUCUGCGCUAGUUCGAAGCACGAAUCAAAGGCGUGCAAAAAGAACCUUACGUACGAAGAGCGGAAAACCCUGUGUGAGAAAGGCAAUGCUUGCUUCAAAUGCCUCAAAAAGGAACCACUAUGCUAA